AUGGCCCCUACUACUCGUGGUGCGUCGCGCCAGCAACCUAGCAGUCCCCUUGCCUCCGGCUCCGAGUACCACGAAAGCAAUGCGUCCAUGGAUGUUGAGGAGAACCCGCAACCGGAGGACGAAGACGAGGAGGAACCGGUUGAGUACGGCGUGUCCUCUCGCGGCAGACGUAUCGCAAAGAAAUCGUAUCAAGAGUCUGCCAGCGAGGACGAUCCCCUCGACUCAAUAUCCCCGAAGGGGAAGAGCAAGGAAGCCCCACCGGCGAACGAGGGCGAGGAAUCAGACGGGCCCCAAUCACGCUACGCCCUUCGUCGCACUCGUAACCGCCCCCAGAUGAAUGGUUUCAUUGUCAGUGACGAGGAGGAUGGGGAGGCGAAGGUUGGCCGAUACCCUACGCGUAACAGAACGAGAAACGGCGCAAAUGGUCGACCAAGCGGCGGUGGUCGUCUUACGCGACGAUCGAACGGACGUUCGCAAACUCAAGCCUCCUCUUCACGCCCGACUCGCAAUCGUUUGUCCACCCGCCGCACCCGCUCCAGUACUCGAAACAACGAAGAUGACGAGGAUGGUUACGUUGAUGAGCCCUCCUCUGGCUCGGCUGAUGGCGAGGGCUCUAUCGAUGAGGCACCUGUCACCUCCCCAGAACCCGAAGCAGAUGCAGACGCCGAUGGGGAGGCCGAUGUCGACGGUGAAGGCGACGCAGGACCAGAACAGGACGGCAAACCGUAUUCCCUUCGUCAACGGGCGAAGAUCAACUACGCCAUCCCACCGCCUCUCGAGGAGAUGCUCCCCCCUCCGAAACCCCGGUCGGGCGGCUAUAAGUCCCACGGUCGUCAUCCUAACCGUCCAAAGCCCCCUGGCUGGAGCGCGACGGGCGCGGAGUUGAGCAAAUGGAUGGGUGGCGGGGGAGAUGAUUCUGACUCUGACUACGCCACUCGCACGCCUCGCAAACCGUUUGGUGGCAUCUCAGGGGCUGGAGGUAGUGGUGGCAUCUUUGCUGGGGGCGCAGGUGCUGCUGGAGGCUUCCUGCCUGGCGAUCUUGCCGCAGCUGCGGGUACCCCGUCCAACCUCGGCAAAGUGGGAGACUCCGCUCUCGCCGAUGCCGACCCCCUCGGCGUGAACCAGAACGUGACGUUCGACGAAGUCGGUGGUCUCGAUGACCACAUCAACUCGCUGAAGGAGAUGACACUCCUCCCUCUACUAUAUCCUGAAGUCUUCCAGCGAUUCAAUCUUACCCCACCACGCGGUGUUCUUUUCCAUGGUCCGCCGGGUACGGGUAAGACUUUGCUGGCGCGUGCACUGGCAGCUAGCUGUCGAUCGAAUGGGAAGGGUAUAUCUUUCUUCAUGCGUAAGGGAGCGGACUGCUUGUCUAAAUGGGUCGGCGAGGCCGAGCGCCAGCUUCGGCUACUCUUCGAGGAGGCUCGCAAUCAGCAACCAAGCAUCAUCUUUUUCGACGAGAUCGACGGUCUCGCGCCUGUGCGUUCGUCAAAGCAGGACCAGAUCCAUGCCUCCAUCGUGUCGACUCUCCUGGCACUUAUGGACGGCAUGGACGGUCGCGGCCAGGUAGUCGUCAUUGGCGCCACCAACCGUCCAGACGCUGUCGAUCCAGCGUUGCGGCGUCCAGGUCGCUUCGACAGGGAGUUUUACUUUCCGCUUCCUAACCUGGAGGCGCGGGAGAAGAUCCUGAGUGUCAUGACGAAGAAAUGGGCUGGUUGGGACGGUGAGAAAGGCGCUGAGAACGCGAAGGGAUUGGCUAAGCUCACGAAGGGUUAUGGCGGCGCCGACCUCAGGGCACUAUGUACGGAAGCUGCACUGAACGCCGUGCAGCGUCGGUAUCCCCAAAUCUACAAGUCGAACGAUCGACUGUUGCUCAAGCCCGAGACUAUCGAAGUCGAGCUCCGUGAUUUUAUGAUCUCGGUCAAGAAACUCAUACCCUCCUCGGCGCGUUCAGUGUCCUCGGCCACGUCCCCGCUUCCUACACAACUCGUUCCGCUCCUGCAAGAGCCGCUGGACAAGAUUAAGGAGGUCAUCGGCAAGGUCUUGCCUGUGAGCAAGAAGCGCACCGCGCUGGAGGAGGCAGAGUGGGAGGACGUCGGUGGCUCAGAAGGCGCGCUUGAGCGGGAACUCAUGAUGCAGUCUAUGGAGACGCUGCGCAUAUACCGCCCGAGGGUGGUCUUACACGGUCCAGCCGGCAUGGGACAGAGCUACGUUGCUGCUGCUGCGCUGCAUCAUUUGGAAGGGUACCACAUCCAGAGUCUCGAUCUUGGAUCACUGUUGUCUGACUCGACUCGGACUCCCGAGGCUGCUAUCGUUCAGCUUUUCGUAGAGGCCAAGCGUCACCAGCCAUCAGUGGUGUAUAUCCCAUCUUUGAUUGGAUGGUGUGCCGCCGUCACGGAGACCGCGCGGACUACUGUACGCGCCAUGCUCGAUACUCUCUCGCCAACAGAUCCCGUGCUUCUUCUCGCGGUAGUAGAUGGCGCCUUCUUGCAACUGCCCCGCGACGUGCGGCAAUGGUUUGGUCCCAUCCGCGAGAACCGCGUUGCCCUUGUCGCGCCUAGUACAACGCAGAGGGAUGCGUUCUUCGAAGGGCUGUUGAAGGAUGUACGGCGACCGCCUAUCGAUUUCCCAGAUGGGAUGAAGCGGAAGAAGCGGGUGCUUGAAGAGCUGCCUAUCGCGCCUCCUCUGGAGCCUCGGCAGCCGUCAGCGGCGGAGCUCGCAUUGCAGCAGGACAACGACCAACGUAUCAUCACGUUGCUCAAGUACCGGCUUGGACCCAUCCUGAGCGAGCUGAAGAGGAAGUUCAAGCGCUUCACUAAGCGUGCGGCAGAGGAGUACAACUACGAUUUUAGCGCGCCUAGGCCUCCGCCUCAAGUUCAGGUAGUCGCACAAUCCGUCGAAGUGCACACCGAGCCGAACGGCGUCAUGGAGAUCGUCGAUGGGCAGGCUGAGCAGCAAGUUGUAGAGGUUGCCGUUGUCAACCAGGUCCAGGAGCAGCUAGUACAAGAGCCACCUCUCUUUGACAUGGAUCUCGAGCGGAUGAACGUUGAACUAUACAAGGGCCGCUACCUGACACCAGACGACUUCCUUGACGACAUUCGUAAAAUUGUUCACAACGCGAGCGUCAGGAUCAACGAGGACCCAGAGCGGCUAUUCAGGGCGCAGGCGAUGCUCACCGCGGCCGAGGUCAGCUGUCAAGACUUCGACCCGCAGUUCAGACUCGAUUGCCAGCGCAUGGCUGCCCGUGAGCGCCAGAGGCGGGAUGAGUUCAGGAAGACCAAGCAGCAAGAAAAGGCCGCCGAGCAGCCCGUGCAGAAUGGGGAGUACGCUCCCGGCACUCGGCGCAGUGCCCGCCAUACUGGUCAGGAGCCCGAGAUCGCGAUCACAGACCCGGUGCAGCUGGAGCGCAAGCUCAAGAGACAACGGUCGAACGGGGUUGAGGCAACUCCUUCUGAGGAUGAGAUUGGCGAGCAUGUUGCAAAGAAGUCCCGGACCGAUGGCGAGGAUGCGGGUCCUUCUGGCGAGCCACAGUCCCCGACUACGGGUGGUCGCUCGUUGAGUGUGCGUUUCGCGGAUGAGGUUGCGCCCGGGAUACAAUCGGCAUCUGGCAACGAAGGUACCACGGCCACCUCCGAGCCCAAUGCAGAUGACACACAGGAGGCUCCUCGUCGAUCCGGCUUCGACCCCGCACUUCUCAACCCUUUAUCUCCCACAGACGCCCGUGCCGGUAUACCUACCGAUCCUCCCGAUAAUCCGUUCACCGCGACGCCCUCCACCUCUGCAGCUGUCCUUCCUCAGACGCAGGUAGUUCCACAGCCCAACGGUACCAGCAGUAACGCGAACGGGCUGCCAGCCGAUGCCAGCAUCAUCCUAGACGGCGAAGGCGACCAUCCAAUGGAAGGCACUCAGCCCGCAGAAGCGCUCGAGGCAGAGCCUCAGCUUGAGGUGCCGAUGGAGGUUGAGAGGUCCCCGACGCCUCUUCCCGACUUCCAUAUCGAUGAAGACUCGUUCACAGAGCUCAAAACUUACCUGCGUGACGCCACGGGAUCGCUCAACAUCGAGCAGCUUGAGCAGCUACGUGCAACGUGUCUCGGCUUAGUCUGGCGGCAUCGACAGGAUUGGGAUCGGACUAUCCUCUUACGAGAGCUGAAGGAGGAGGCGCAGGAGUUCAUUCAAGAGGUAUCGUUGGAUGAUGUAGACGCGGCAACUCCCUGA